AUGUCUGAACUCGCGCGAACCCUUCCAGCUUCUUGGUAUUGCAAUGAGUCGCUCUAUCAGAUGGAGCGUCGUGCCGUCUUUCUCAAGUCCUGGUAUCUCCUCGGGCCUGUGACGAGGUUCCAGACUUUGGGAGAGCAUGUUGAAUAUGAGAUUGCACAGACACCCAUCUAUGCGAUUCGCACUGGGGGAGAGGGUCUGAAUCCAGGUCCUGAUAAUCUGAAGGUGCUCUGCGCAAAGACGGACAAAGAAUUGCGCUGCCAUGUAACCCCUACUGGUCUUCUUUUCUCGACAAUCUCGGACGAUGCACCCAGCUUCCAUGAGUUUUUCCCAGAGCUGGAGGAGCUACUAGGGAAAGUAGACUUCACUAGACUCCCGUAUCGUCGCAGCAUUCGCUACGAAGGUCGAUUCAAUUGGAAGACUAUGGUGGAUGGAUAUCAGGAGUGCCUGCACUGCCAGUACACUCAUCCAUCAUUCUCAGUGUACUACCCGCCUACUUUCUAUGCCGUGCACAACAAGCACAAUUUCUCCCAACACAUCGCGGACCCCAAGAAGCCUGAUGAUGGACUAUUCCUCUACUUUUUUCCGAACUGCACGCUCAAUGUGUACGGUGGAGGUAUGUCCUCGUUCCGCGUGUGUCCCACCGCAGAUCCCCAUGUAACCAGGAUGGAAUUCGAUUACUAUCACCUAGAAUCCGGUGAUAAAUUCGAAGGCUACUUCAAGUUUGUCCGCCAGGUGGCGUUGGAAGAUUUUGAGCUGUGCGAAAAAGCACAGGAUAAUCUGGCCAAAGGUGUAUACCACGAAGGCAUCCUGAAUCCUGUCCAGGAGAAUGGCGUGUCCUACUAUCAGAGACGCGUCUUUGACAUGGUUCUCGAGCAACACCAAGCCGAUCGAAAGGCCCAAAGUGAGGAAUUUACCCUGAAAGGACAUACAGCACCAUCCACGGUCGAAACGGCAGCGUAG